GCCCAGCCAAUGAGGGAGGCGCUGGCGCUGAUAUUAAGGGAAAGUUAGUGCAAAGCCAAGCACCCUCUUUUUUUAUUGUCAUUGACAUUUAAACUGUGUGGCAGAUUCUUAUGUAGAAAUUGGCGAUCAAACUUGCCAGUUACCGACUCUCAGAGGCGGAAUUGGGAAACCGGGGAUCAUACGAUUCUGCCUGCCCUCUCUCUAACAGGAACUCAAGAUCACACAACCAGCAGCUUCAGUGGAGAAAAACUCUUUUACUGGCAACCCUUUUUAAGGCACCAUCAUUUCAAAUCAGGGGCGCUUUUUAAAACUAUUGACAGGAGCUUUGACAACAAGACAGGAUGCCUCAGAAAGAGGGAAGACUUUAACUAGCGCUGCGCAGAUGUGCGAGUCGUUAAAUUGCAUGACAGGAGAGUCCACUCAUAAAUCAGAAUCCUAUAAGCGAGCCACGUGGGAUCUUGCUCCAUCAAUUCGCCAUGCAGAACAGUCACAGCGGAGUGAAUCAGCUCGGCGGUGUGUUUGUCAACGGUCGGCCGCUGCCGGAUUCAACCAGACAGAAAAUCGUGGAGCUCGCCCACAGCGGGGCUCGGCCGUGCGACAUCUCCCGAAUCCUGCAGACCCAUGCAGAUGCAAAAGUCCAAGUGCUGGACAAUCAAAACGUAUCGAAUGGCUGUGUGAGUAAAAUUCUGGGCAGGUAUUACGAAACUGGCUCCAUCCGACCGCGGGCAAUCGGAGGUAGCAAACCCAGAGUAGCGACUCCAGAAGUUGUAAGCAAAAUAGCACAGUAUAAACGGGAGUGCCCCUCCAUCUUUGCUUGGGAGAUUCGAGACAGAUUACUAUCGGAGGGGGUCUGUACCAACGAUAAUAUACCCAGCGUAUCGUCGAUCAACAGAGUCCUCCGCAACCUGGCUAGCGAAAAGCAACAGAUGGGUGCAGAUGGAAUGUAUGACAAGCUAAGAAUGCUGAACGGUCAGACCGGGACGUGGGGCACAAGACCUGGGUGGUACCCAGGGACAUCAGUUCCAGGACAGCCAACACAAGAUGGCUGCCCACAACAGGAAGGAGGGGGUGAAAACACUAAUUCCAUCAGUUCCAACGGAGAAGAUUCCGAUGAGGCUCAGAUGAGACUACAGCUGAAAAGAAAGUUGCAGAGAAAUAGGACAUCCUUCACCCAAGAACAAAUUGAAGCGCUUGAGAAAGAAUUUGAGAGAACUCAUUAUCCUGACGUGUUUGCCAGAGAGAGACUAGCUGCCAAAAUAGACUUACCUGAAGCAAGAAUACAGGUGUGGUUUUCUAACAGGAGGGCAAAGUGGAGAAGGGAAGAGAAACUAAGGAACCAGAGAAGACAAGCUAGUAACACUCCCAGUCACAUUCCCAUCAGUAGUAGUUUCAGCACAAGUGUCUAUCAACCGAUCCCACAACCCACAACACCUGGUUCCAUGCUGGGCAGAACAGACACCGCGCUAACAAACACAUACAGUGCUUUGCCACCCAUGCCUAGUUUCACAAUGGCUAACAACCUGCCUAUGCAACCCCCAGUACCCAGCCAGACUUCAUCUUACUCUUGCAUGCUGCCCACAAGUCCGUCAGUGAAUGGGAGGAGCUAUGAUACAUACACUCCUCCUCACAUGCAGACACAUAUGAACAGCCAGCCAAUGGGCACCUCUGGGGCUACUUCAACAGGUCUUAUUUCCCCUGGAGUGUCAGUUCCAGUUCAAGUUCCCGGCAGUGAACCUGAUAUGUCUCAGUACUGGCCAAGAUUACAGUAAACCAUGUGUUGAUUUUGUAAAUGGCUAUAUGGACAACAGUUGGGUAUUCAGCUGUAUUUUCUAAAAGAAGAAUGGCUUUCCAAGUACUUCUGUACUGCAACUGUGCCCUAUGAUGUAACACAUGGAGAAAGACUUUAACAUGGACCUUUGAAUACUGAAGGUGUUAUAUCAGUUGGAACAAAUCUUCAUUUUGGUAUCCAAACUUUUAUUCAUUUUGGUGUAUUAUUUGUAAAUGGGCAUUUGUAUGUUAUAAUGAAAAAAAGAACAAUGUAGACUGAAUGGAUGUUUGCUUUUGUGUUGGUCAUGAAGUUGUUUUUUUUUUUAAAAAGGAAGCCAUGAUCAACAAGCUUUGCCACGAAUUAAGAGUUUAUCAAGCUAUAUCGAAUACUUCUACCAAUCUGUUCAUAGAUUUCAGCCUGAUGCUCCAAGUUCCAUCAUUCCAUUGCAUAUAAUUCCACCUGGAACAAUACGCACUAGAUUUCUGUAAGAAAAUUAUCUGUUGGGAUUUCCAAAGGUUAUUAACAGAUGACGCUUAUGUGCAAACAAAGGUUAAGAGAAAACGUCAAAGAAGAAGAGUUUGAUAGGAAAAAGGUAGAUGGUGUCUUCGAUAUAAUCCAAUUUGUUUUAUGUCAAAAUGUAAGUAUUUGUCUUCCCUAGAAAUCUCCCAGAAUGAUUUCUAUAAUAAAGUUAAUUUCAUUUAUAUUUGACAAGAAUAUUCUAUAGAUGUUUUAUACACAUUUUCAUGCAUCAAACAUUUCUUUUUUGGUCGGCAAAAGUUAAUUGUUCUUAGCUAUAGUUGUACUACUGUUCACAGUUCAAUCAUUUUUGUGCAUCUAGAAUUCAUUCCUAAUCAAUUAAAAGUGCUUGCAAGAGUUUUAAACUUAAGUGUUUUGAAGUUGUUCACAACGACAUAUCAAAAUUAACCAUUGUUGAUUGUAAAAACCAUGCCAAAGCCUUUGUAUUUCCUUUAUUAUAAUAUUUUCUUUUUAACCUUAUAGUGUGGUGUGGCAAAUUUUGUUCCCUUUAGAGAUUUUAACAUUUUUAUAGACAAAGUCUUAUUUUGAAAUUAUUUUCAGUCCUUAAUUCUGAAAGUCUUCAAGAAAAUUAUUUUCAGUCCUUAGAAAUUAGUUUUGUAGAUGUUAUAGCUUGGCCUGUAAUAUCAGUGAAAAGAUAAUUGAUGAAAAAGCAAAGCUAUGUAUGAAAGUCUCUGGAGAGCAUAUAAAAAGAAUGUUUUCCUUGUUACACAGAAGUAUAUGUAAAAAAGAACUAUUUAACAGAGGAAAAUCUAAAUAACUUUUAAGAAGGGGUUUGCAUUUUAAAUUAUUGUUCUAGACAAAAGUAGAUGUAUAGAAAUGAUUAUGCUCCUUAAGUCAAUGAGGCUGCAAUCCUGAAACCACUUAUCUUUUUAAAAUACCCAAUUUAAAUAAAUGGGAACAACCUGGA